AUGGUCACCCAACCAGUUAAGAUGCCCCCCACCAACCCAGUCGUUGCCAGGGUUUUGCCAGUCGUCAUGACCGUCGGCAUUGUCUCUGCCGUUGCGAUGAACAUCCGCUGGCAACUCAAGACUCAUUCUGCAACCCAAGACCGCUUUUUCGCCCAGUACAAGAAUCCGCAGAGCGAAGCCGUCCGCCAAAAAGUAUAUCAAGGCGCUGUGGAGGACCCUCGCAAGAGCUGGUUCAAUGUCCUGGGCUGGUGA